CGUGCUUGCUGUCGAUCCGGGUUGCCCACGUCUGGGUGAUCCUUCAACUCGCUGAGAGGAGGGGAUUUUAACUUGCGCCAUCAUCCCUUUUCUACGGUUCAACAUCCGCUUUGACUCCCCAUCAACCUGUCAUUCUCUCCUAAACUUCGCCCCGGGAGGUCGACUGGACAUUUGCCUCCCCCCUCCCGAAUUCUCCCACUCUUCAAGCUCCAGUUUUUCUCCGGUGUGAUUACAUCGCAGGAGCGCAAGAGCUCAUCGAUUUAUUUAACCGUACAUUUCUGGCAAUCGCGAUUCAGAGAAAUCGCGGGUCUUGUGUAUGCCAUCCUUCUUUCUGCGGGUUGGGAACUACUACUCUGUUGAAUAACCAUCUAGCCCGCGAAACCUUGAUCAGCGGUGGCCUUAACUUUGAUCGAUUUUACCUCUUUGGCCCCCUUUGAACUAGGUUCGAACCUACAACCACCAUCAACAAUGGUCAACGGCACCACCACAGUGUUGGAGCCUACCUUCACGGGGUACGUUGCGACAACGCAAGAUGCAUUAAUCUUGUUCGAGGCAUGUUUGACCGGUGUCCUGCAUCAUGUGCCCCGCCGACCUCACGAUCGUGAGCGUGGUCAUUUAGUCCGGAGCGGAAGCGUAUUUAUCUACGAGGAAAACUCAUCGGGAAUCAAGCGAUGGACAGACGGCGUCACUUGGAGUCCAAGUCGCAUCCUGGGCAACUUCUUGGUCUAUCGAGAGCUCGAAAAGCCAUUCCCCCCGGGUGAGAAGAAGCGAGCGAUGAAGAAGGCCAACCGACGGCCAGUCCCUCCGAACAGGCCCGGGGAGCCCUAUCCACGCCAUGACAGCAACGGUAGCCAAGGCUAUUCUCCUCCACCAACCGGGACGUUCGGAGAGAGAUCGCACCAGUCUGAUGUGGAAAGAGCACUGGUCGGUUCCUUGGUGGAUUCCUACGGCUUCAAGGACUCGGGUUUAGUCAAGAAGACGAUGAGUGUGACUGUCUCCGGCGUGACACACCAUCUGGUGUCAUACUAUAGCGUGGAGGAUGUGAUGAGGGGUGUCUUGAACCCGCCGUCGAUGGUUGAUUCACUGAGAUUUAUCAGGCCCCGGGCAGAACUGACCCAGAAACAAAGUUUCCGGGCUCCCAUUGAUGAUCUAGAGACUGGCAGCAUGGAGAAUGACCCGUCCCAUGCGCUGUACGGAUAUCGUCCUCCGCAGCUGGUAGCCCCCCCAGGCUAUGGGAUGCCGAAUCCUCAUCCGGAGUUCUAUAUGCACGCGAAUCCUUAUGCGGCAACCCAUCCGCCACAGUCAGCGCCGAUGACGGCGUAUUCAAUGGCCGGAUCAAUCCCUGCGCAGCCGGCCCCCAAUCCUUAUCUUCCUGCUCCAUCAGCUCCGACUCAGAUCCCACAGAAACCCGAUGACUAUCCGCAGUUCCGAGCUCCGGCGCACUAUGGGACGAGUUUCGAUGCGCUUAACCAUAAUCCUCUUUCGUCGUCCAUUCCAUCCGCCAUGGGCGCGGCCAUGCCGAGCUCCUUGAGCGACCGUAAUCGGUCCCACUCGGAUCACAGCCCCUCGGCUUAUCGGAACUCUUCGAUUUCCUCGCGAAGUGUUGCAACCGAUGCAACCUCACCGAUGGACCCUGCCACGCCGGCUACCUAUUCACGGGGUAACAGUUUCAGCCUAGCGGGGCAAUUGGAUGGGGCGUCGCACCAGUCUCUGGAACAGCGCGGCAUGGCGGCUUUUGACCCUAGUAUCCCUCGUCGGGAAUCGAAUCCAAUUCCUAACCCUUAUUACACCGGAGGCGACAGACACCCGUAUUAUGUGGGCGCCACCGCUCCAGCUGCUCAUGCUAACUACCCUGUCUCCACUUGGACGACAGCUGCUCCAGCCCAACCGCAAGUAUAACCAUUGUUGGUCUAGCCGCUCUAGUUAUUCUUCUUCUUUUCCCUCUUUCUU